ACCACCCUGCUGCGUCUGUGGCUGCCGUGAAAGGACAAACCAAGCGGUCAGACAACAGCAUUUACACAGCAAACCACUGGAAAAAUAUGCUUUAUAAACAGUAACAUAUGCGACGGGAGUAACUGCAAUAUUAUACUACUUAAGAGCAGCAGCUUUCCACCAGUGUACCUCCUAGAUCAGUGACUGACCACCAUGUUGUCCAGGUUGAAGACAACCUGGUCCCUGAGGCCCUGUGUCUCUGCGUGCAGAUGGGCACACACCAAAGAGAAGGGCAAGCCCCUCAUGCUCAACCCUCGCACCAACAAAGGCAUGGCCUUCUCUCUACCAGAGCGACAAAUUUUAGGGAUACAUGGUCUGUUGCCUCCCAAAGUGGAGACUCAGGACAUUCAGGCAAUGCGCUUCCAGAAUAAUCUCAAGAAGAUGAGCGAUCCCCUACAGAAGUACAUCUACUUGAUGGGCAUCCAGGAAAGGAAUGAGAGGCUUUUCUACAGGGUGUUGAUGGAAGACAUAGAAGAAUUGAUGCCAAUUGUCUACACUCCCACUGUAGGCCUGGCCUGCACACAUUAUGGGCAUAUCUUUAGAAGACCCAAAGGCUUGUUCAUCUCUAUUCGGGACAAAGGACACAUUCGUUCCAUCCUGGACAACUGGCCAGAGACUAAUGUUGCAGCUGUAGUAGUAACUGAUGGAGAGCGUAUUUUAGGAUUAGGGGACCUGGGUGUAUACGGAAUGGGCAUCCCUGUCGGAAAGCUUUGCCUGUACACUGCCUGUGCUGGCAUUAGACCUGAGAGAUGUCUGCCUGUGACAAUAGAUGUGGGCACAAACAAUGAGACUCUCCUCAAGGAUCCGCUGUACAUGGGCCUGUACCAGCAGCGAGAUCAGUCUCAAGCUUACGAUGAUCUGAUUGAUGAGUUCAUGGAGGCUGUGGUGGAAAAAUACGGACAGGACACACUGAUCCAAUUUGAGGACUUUGGGAACCACAACGCCUUCCGCUUCCUCAGGAAGUACAGGGAGAAGUACUGCACCUUCAACGAUGAUAUCCAAGGCACUGCGGCUGUAGCCCUUGCUGGUCUGUUAGCAGCUCAGAGAGCCCUUGGCAAACCCAUCACUGAACAUCGGGUGCUUUUCCUGGGAGCUGGAGAGGCUGCCCUUGGUAUUGCCAAUCUGAUUGUCAUGGCCAUGAUGGAGAGAGGGUUGACCCAAGCUGAGGCCAGAGAGAAGAUCUGGCUGUACGAUAAAGAUGGCUUACUAGUAAAGGGCAGACCACAGGAAACCGACUCUAACCAGGAGCCAUUUGUUCAUGACAGUCCAGGGACUGUACAGAGCUUCCUAGAAGCCGUCAACACCAUCAAACCCACAGCUAUCAUUGGUGUGUCAGGAGCUGGACGUCUGUUCACCCAUGAUGUCAUCAAGGCCAUGGGAACCCUGAACGACAGACCAAUUAUCUUUGCCCUGAGUAACCCAACCACUAAAGCAGAGUGCACAGCAGAGGACGCCUACACACUCACCGAUGGUAGAUGUCUUUUUGCCAGUGGCAGUCCAUUUGGUCCAGUGACUCUGAAUGAUGGCCGCGUCUACACCCCUGGACAAGGAAACAACGCUUACAUCUUCCCUGGUGUGGCCUUGGCUGUGAUCCUGAGCGGAGUGAGACACAUCAGUGACACCGUGUUCUUAGAGGCUGCCAAGACCCUUGCAGAUCAGCUGACGGAUGAAGAGCUGAAGAAAGGCAGACUCUAUCCUCCUCUCUCCAACAUCAGAGAGGUCUCUCUCCAGAUGGCUGUCAAGGUGGUGGAGUUUGUCUAUGCUAAAGGUAUGGCGUUUCGCUACCCUGAGCCUGAGGACAAGGAAAGCUUUGUACGUGCAACUGUGUGGGACACCCACUACGACUCCUUCGAGCCAGAUACCUACGACUGGCCAGGUGUCAGCUUCACCCCCAAGACUGACUAGAAGCAGCCCACUCUCUGUGCUCUUUGUUUCCCACUUACCUCUUAAUCACAGAUAACUUGAGAUGAUCAUAAUUACCUUAGUGCAGACAUCUGCUUAUGAAAAAUAGCCAGUACAAGCCCCUUUCUGCUGCAUUUGCACUAAACACGUAUUAUUAGAACUGUGAAAGGGUAUAGAGGAAAGUGGAAUUUGAAUGAGGAUAUUUAAACGGAAAUGGACACUUUCACUUCACAUCCCAGUUCUUUAUCACCUCUGCAUCACAUGUAAACCUGCACAGCACCUGGAGGGCCCCCUGGUGGUGGGAAAAGGCAGUGUGGGAAUCUGGUUUCAGUGUUGCAAUCUUGAGAUACAUUUUAAUGAUCUAUGUGCUGUUUCAAAAAGAAAAAAUGAUAUAACAAUAUGACAGUUACUUAAGACAAUAAAUUCUAUGUGAUUGUCAUACAAGCAGAAACCAAAACACCACACUUGCAUCCAAUUCAAAACAUCCAAUUUGAACGAUAGGUCUAUUAGAUUGCGUUGAGUGGAAAAACAAACACUGCACACUUUGUCUCUGCUAAAGGUCAAGAUUGGCCUUUACAAGGAGCUAGAGAUGACUCCAUGCAUUGUUGUAUGUUUGUGUUGUCAUCUACCACCUUUUCUUUUUAGUCAUAAUUAACCAGGAAAUAAGUUACCCUUUUGUUAGGAAAUGCCAUUUACAAUACUGUCUUCUUUUUCACCAAUUUUAUACGGUAGUCACUCCAUUUUUAAUGUAUUUGUAACCAUAAUUUGAUGCAAACGAGUUGUGUAUACUCCUGAUUCAGAGUUUAGCCUUUGGUUAGCACUUACUACUACUCUGACUAUAUGUAGCUACCGAAAGAUUGCCAAAAUUAAUGCAUGCAUUAAUAUGCAGUUCGGAUAUUAACAUUGCCUUUUUCACAUCAUGUGGGCCUCUGAUGGCUUCACUAAUCCAACCAAUGCCCGGUAUACAACAUGUGGUUAAAGACUCCUUUUUCACGUAUGCUUAAAUCGGGCAACAUUGCUUAUCAGAGAAGGUCUAGUAAAGCAGAGGGUUAGAGUACUCGGCCUUUGUGUGCAAACUAGGAGAGAAAGAGAAGAAACAUUGUUACUCAGGACAGAAAUGGAGGGAUGAUCUAAAAAAAGACCUCUGAAAAACAUGAUAAGAUUUUAUGAGGGAACGUUAAAUGAAAAUGAUACCUAAAACACCAGAGCCAACGUCCACUCCGGCAUUUCUUUUGUUUGGGUGCUUUUGUCACAUUGUAUUUAUUUCUCUAAAUCUAUUUUAUUUGAUGGGAGUGUAUUUCGUUGUGCUGUGCUCAUGCUGUAUAUUCAUUAGAAAGUCUCUCAUCAACACCUUUUAUAAUGAGUUGUGGUAAAAAGAAUCCAUCCCUAGAAAUGACCCCUUGGAUAAAUGCAAUAUACAAAUUGAACAUAAAAUAUACUCUAAAUAUUUAAGAAAGCAAAGUGCAGGAUAAAAUGAUUGGAUUAAAAAGUGUGUUCUAUUGUAAUUCUAUUUUGUGUACUGUGCAUAAAUGUUUGUAGAACCUGAUGCUGUCUAUGGAAAGAGUGUUUAUAAAGUUGUGUUAAGUAAA